AUGCCCCCAACCGUCAACCCUCCCACUCCGCCUGCGUCUGACGACGAGUUCACUCUCAGCAGCAAGCCUACCAACAGCCCCAUGCAGCGCUACAACGCGUCCAAGCGCGCCACCGACUCGACCCGUUUCGUGGGCUCGGGCUCGGGUUCUAGCUCAAGUUCACGCGCAGGCCCAUCCCGCCAGGCGCAGCCCGACGCGGCGAUGGAGCACCAGGACUGCACGGGUUGCCUGCACCCGCUACCCAGGGACCGCCAGGCAGUCGAGCGCGCACACGCCCUCGAGAGCCGCCCCGACGCCUCGCAGAGCAACUACAGCGGCGCGACGGCCGGCCCGGGCGUCACGCAGUUCAACAACUUUUUGGUUCAGGCGCAGGGGGGCGGCGGGGACCACGGGCCCGACGACGACCUGACGUCCAUGUGGCCGUACGUGUCGAGCAAGACGGAGCGGGCGCGGCACAUUGGGGCCUGCAAGACGGGUGUGGGCAAGCAGAUUAACGGGCCGGCGCUGAUUAUCUCGGGGCGUGCGUCCAAGGCGCCGCUGCCGACGAUUACGAUUCCGCGGCAGACGCAUAUUGAUCCGGUCAUGUCGCUGGGCGCGGGGGCCGAGGGGAUGGCGUCCUCGGUGGCGGCGGAGGAUGCGGCGCAGGUGAAUGGAGGGUUUAUCUUGUUCCAGGGGGAGUGA